UUAGGGUUAAGAUCCGUUUCAUUGAUACUUGAUAUAAUUGUUACAUUUAUUUGUAUUUUCCCCUCUUCCUCGAAGUUCCUAUCUACGCUUCCAAGAUUCUUUUUGUGUUCUUAUCCUAUCAUCAUCGUCACAAGGAUCCUUGUCGGGCUUAGCCAAGACAAAGAGCACGGAACUUUCAAGCCAAAAGCGAGGGCCAUCUCACCAAUCACAACUCAACCCGGGCCUCCGCUAUAGGGCGUCACUGUAUCCGUGCAUUUUAGGGGUCUUCCCGUCCCCGAAGAUCGGGGUCGAAUGCUCUGGCCACUGGUCGCGAUCUACGGCAUUACAGAUACGACACUGUCAUUAUGAAUGCUCAGAUAUCAUUUCUCGAUGGAACAUUCCGCUUGAUACACAUUCCUUUGCAUCUGUAUCCGAAUUUUCUCCAGGCUAUCUUACAGGUCCUUCUUCCUCAAGGCGGGGAUGACUCCCUUGCCCCUGAGGCGGAAGGACUCAGCAUCGACAAUAAGCAUGGGUUCCUCAACAUAAGCAUUACGCCGGUUGAAUGUUCGGUGGUGUGUCAUAGUAAUUGGGCGAAGAAUGUCUUUGAACCGGUCAUUAAACGCCUACCUCCUAAUCUGUCGAAGACGGUCACGAUCUCGAAGGACAGUUAUCUAAUCCUUUCGGUGAUAAGUGCUGGAAUGGAUGCGGGAAGCCGAGUUAUGGACUUGACUUCCCCUCUUGCCCUGGCAGGUGUACCGAUCUUCUUCAUUACGACGUACUACUCGGACUUCAUCUUGGUUCCCAGCAAAGAUCGACAGACGGUAGUGCAGGUACUUCUCGCUCGAAAUUUCGAGUUUGAUAAGGAUGAAUCAGCGUACGUAUCGCCCAGUGCGAUGUCGCACGUUCGCGGCAAAAGCCAAAGUAGCGAGCCCCCGUCAACGCCACCUCCCUCUAACGUAGCAGAGCUACAAAUUCGCACAUUUGAACUAUUGAAGAAGCGAAACGUCGUUCCGUAUAUUAGUCCCUAUCUCAGUUUAGUGCAAUGCUCUGGCAGGGAUCCAUCGCAAUUAGUGGAUUAUAGUCGCCGGCCGACUCUAAGCAGGCAUUCAAGCGGGAACGGACACCAUCGAAGGAGUUGGCUUGAUAACGUCGAUACGAAAUUAUAUACGAGCCUUAUCUCCGUCCUCGCCAAGCAACCGAGAUUUCUCUCGAUUACUCUAGCUCAGGAGGACCCACCGUCGUUAUUAUUGGAUAGAGAAUACCUCGGCGUUUUUGGAGAUUCCCUUGUCGGUGAUACGGAGGGUGAUCUCGUUCCUAUUUUCCUAGAUCUUGUGAAUCUCCCUCUAGAAGCGACGGGUAUCGUUUCUGGCGUUGCGGGAAAACUCAUUCAGGAAAUGGGAAUGGAAGAAACGGGCGUUAGCAGCGAGCUUUCGUAUCUUUCGACUGCUCGUGCUGGUGCGGUUAUCUUAUCGUGUGAACAGUCUAUGAAGGCGCUUGAGGUGCUGAAACCUCUUCUCUCUAAGGGGUAAGGAGUGUCUCCAUUCAUCCUCAAAAGGCAUUACCGUG